AGACAAUCCGGCUAUCCCCCAGUUUGCUACGGACUACGCGACGAGUUGGAGCUGAGUCGAGUCGAGUAUCGUGUGCUUCGUUGCUUGUUGUUUUUUUGUAAACCAUAAUUAUUUCAAGUUUUUUUACGUAUACAAAAGGAUAUUAAGCGUAAUUAAUAAUAUUUCGGUGGUGAAUAAUCGAGUGAAUGUUCAUCAGUGUUCUCGGGUAAGCCGAGCGGUCUUUUUCAUGGUGGAUGCGUGUGUGUGUGGGAUAAAAGUCAAAUGUGCCGUUAGUGAAAUCAUCUCGGGGUACGAGAAUAGGACGGCGAGCGAGAGAACGAUAGAUCUGUCGAUGCAUACAUAUAUAUGAAAAUAUAUAUCUAAUAUACACAAAUUUAUAUCUAUAUAUAUGGAAAAAGGAUAUUAACGAUCAAGCCGAACGAACGAACUUCCAUAAAAAUCGUCGUUCCAUCGAGACCAUUUCGUGUUGGGUUUUUUUUUUUCAAACGAGUAUCAAAAUGAGUAAAACUUGUGCACGUUGUGAAAAAACGGUUUAUCCGAUCGAGGAACUCAAAUGCCUCGACAAGAUCUGGCACAAACAGUGUUUCAAGUGUCAGGGAUGCGGUAUGACACUCAACAUGAGGACUUAUAAAGGUUUCAACAAACAACCCUUCUGCGAGGCGCACAUACCAAAGGCAAAGGCAACGACAAUGGCUGAGACACCGGAACUCAAGCGCAUUGCCGAAAACACGAAGAUCCAGUCUAACGUUAAGUAUCACGCCGAAUUCGAGAAGGCGAAGGGUAAAUUCACUCAAGUUGCUGACGAUCCCGAAACACUUAGGAUCAAGCAAAACAGCAAGAUUAUAUCGAACGUAGCUUAUCACGGUGAGCUGCAGAAAAAAGCGAUAAUGGAACAGAAAAGAACGAUGACAGGAGAAAACGGCGAACAGAUCGAGUACGUAGAGUACACGGACGGUACGAUUGCACCGACGGCUACGAGUGUAAACGCGAAUCUCGUCCCAGCGAGAACGGCGAGUCCGUUGCCGGUGACGACACCGGCAGCGAUACAGAGAGCACCCGGUAGAAUCGCUGAUUACGAUCCCCUUACCGAGGCAAGACCGAGUCCUUAUUCCGCUAGGCAGGCGGCCACGACCGUUAUUUACACGAGUGACAAGGGUGCAGUGACGAAUCCACCCACGAGAAAGAUCGGAUCAGUUGCCGACAUAGAUCCGGUUAACGAGUAUUACGGCUCGUUGACACCUGCCACGAACAACAAUCACGUACCUCAGCAUCAACCGCCUCCACCACCAGCGAAUAAUCUGCGAGUGUAUCGGGCGAUGUACGAUUACGAGGCUCAGGACUCUGACGAAGUGAGCUUUUGUGAUGGCGAUCUUAUCGUAAAUUGUACAGCGAUUGACGAGGGUUGGAUGACGGGUCUGGUACAACGCACAGGACGUCACGGAAUGUUACCAGCGAAUUACGUCGAGCCUGCUCAGAUCUAAAGCAUCUUAAGAAGAACAUGAAUUAUCCUGCGACAUUUUCCUCACGUGUUAAACGCUCGCGACACGCGAACAUCUCGUACUUGGCGCGAGAUUUUUCCUCUCGUUCUCUCAAUAGCGACGACAACAACGCGAAGAAUUUAAAAACAAGUACUCGACUCGAUUCGUGGCAUUUUCUCGUGUCUCGUAGGAUGGUUACCCUCAAGUUAUUAUAAACGUGGAAACAAUGAUGAUACUUUCUUUUUUACGCUACAGCUGAGUUGAAGAAUACUACGUAACUAGCCAAAUUCAACAGAAAAUUUUGCUUUCUUUAUUUUUCGAAAUAAACAAAUUGGGACAAUAUCAAGUUCACCGUUAAGGCAAUGGAUUGGUCGGUUGACGCACCUCCAACUUUCAAAAUUGAAAUUUUCUGCCACGGUCAAACCGAUCACAAGGGAAAUAUGCCAGCCCGGACAAGACUGGCAAAAAUAGGCUGAAAAAUGUUCUCUUUCGAAGAAAAAGAAAAGAGGCUUACCCUGUAUUUUCCACGGAAAAGUAAUGUGGAAAACUUGAUUUCAUUGACCGAAUGGAUGUUCUUUCAUGAUCAUUAUUCCCGAGCCAAUCACGAUUUUUUUCCAUUUGCGUUGUCAUUAAAAGGGAAAAGACAGAAAAAUAAUUACGAGAGACUUAGAAACUACGCGAAUUCGUUUUUUUUUCUCACGAAUCGCAGUAUUUUCCAUUCCGUGAUAUAGUUCCGUACUGGUAACUGGCGAGCUUGACGGAAUCUGAGAUCGAGAAAGAUUGCGAAUCGAUUGAAUCAAGCUCGCAAGUCCAGAUCACUCGCAAUAAUUCCGUGUGUCUUCGAACAAUUUUUCGUCUCUCAUGUUCGAUCAGUACAAAAGCGAUCAUUCAAUGAAAAUAGAUUUUUUUCCUGUGAGACGAGAAUUGUCAAGACGAUUCCACAGAAUACAUACCAACUUAGCGUUCCUUCUAAUGUUGUAGAGACACAUUAGAGAUGAACGCGCCUUUUACCUCGUUCCGCUAAAAAUAUAUUCGAGCUUAUGUAGUAGAAAAGAAAAAAGAUUGAAAAAAAAGAAACGAUCAAACGAAAUAUAGGAAAAAUCUACGUAUAUUUUAUACGCUAUGUACACAAAAUGAGUAUGGAGAGAAUUUGUAUACAGUUAGUUCAUUACAAAGUAAUUCUUCCUGGCCAAAUCGAUGUCGAACUAAGAAAAACUGAUUCGAUUAAUGAGCCAACGGAUACUCUUCUACUUCAAAGUCGUUUUCGGUGCCCCUCAGUCCCGAUUUGGGUUGCCUAUUCUACGCGGAAAACUGAAAAAAUUUAUCAGAUAUUCAUCUUUCGAAGUGUAUGGCGAAGACAUCGUCGAGUCGAAAGAAAAGAACGUUUUUUAAUAUUUUAAUUUCGUUAACCACGGCCCAACGUUUGCGCUCUAGAGAUGAAUACAUCAUUUUUUUUCCAAGUAUACAAUUCAAUGUGAAUUUUUGUUUUAAAUUAUUUAUUUGCGUACGGUUUUGUCGGUACUGGAACAAUUCGCAUGGCUUCGUAACAUUGAAGAUUCGAGUCUUCGAGCUCGUUAAGAUGAUACUGAAUGAAAAAUUGAAAUUGAAAAUUUAGUAAAAAAUUGAAUAUUUUCGAAUUUCGUCAAAAUUCGAGUUUUUUUUUGGAGAACAAUGCAAUGUCGAAAAGUUUCAUUACGAGAAUGUAAAGGAAAAUAAAAAAAACAUCAUUUUUCUUACUUCGACUCUGAUUUUUAGUAGUAAUUUUUAUUUUCUAAAAAGGAAGAUUGAAAAAAGAUGUUAUGCAAACGAGAGAAACCCGAUGUGCCUUAAUUAUUGUUCGUGGCUUGUUCCACGAAUCUCCAACGUAAAUUUCGUACUUUAAUUGUAGUUUAACGGAAUAAUAAGAUCUUUGAAGAAGAUAGAAGAAAAAUAACUACAAUGAACGUCGCUGAAACAACCUUGAAUUUCGCUCUACUUGCCCACUAUUAACUUAAAAGUAAAUAAAGUAUGAAAAACCAUUUGAUAGAAAGAAAAUACGAAGGUGAUCGAGCAUUUAUAAUUAACGAUUGGGAUCGAAUAAUUACUGACUUCAAUCGACUAACGACAAUUAACCGAGCAAUUUAUUUCUAGUAUUCUAAGUUUUAUUACAAUGAACAAUUUAUGAAAAAAGGAAAUCGUCCAAGUGUCUCAGAGCUGAACGAAAUUUGUUCUUCGUCCGCUCUGCCAAGUAAUGGCCAUCAGCAUAAUGUAGAAGUGGAUAAAAGUUAGGAAAAAAAAUCGACACUUCCCAAUUACGAUAAUUGAUCAAUCAGUAUCGAAAGAAUCUCGAAAAAAGGUCGUUUCUCUUUCUCUUAAGCUUCUUUCGAAAUCACAAUCGUUCACUCCCGCAAUAUGAUAAAAUUUAAGACAUCCGUUGAUGGUUGUUUGCAGUCAAGCGAGAAGAAAUUCACUCAUUUUUCCCUCCCACAAGCAUGUCUUAACUGCAGACUAUUUUUUGUCAUCCUGUAUAAUUUAACAAAAUGGUUCACCAAGGUACCGAAAGAUUUACGGUUAGAAAUUUGGAACAUACAGAAAUAUAUGUUAGCGUUGUGUUUAGAAAGAUAAUUUUAUAUUAUGAUACACGAAUCAUAAUGAAUAAAUAUGUAUGUUAUGUAAAAAAAAAAAAAAAAAAAAAAACAAUAUCCACGAGUUUAUUUCUACUUCGAUUCGACAAGUUUUAUAAGAUAAUUGACAACACUUUUGCUUUUCAAGUUCCCCCGACGAUUCCGCGAUGAAACGUGACAGCUGCUCGACGCUAAAAUAUUUUAAAAAAUCUUUGUAUAAGCUCUGAACGAGAUUUUUCCAGCUAAUGUUCUUUGAAUCGUUCAGACAAAGAAACCCGUUGAGAAAACGGUUCAUUUACGACAGUUUUUUUUAUUUUCGUUUCCUCGAAAUCGAAAUUCCUCGUUGACGUAAUUCUUGUAUAAAUAUUUUAAGAGUUUCAACGUUCCUCUUUAAUGUUCAAUCGAAAAGAAUAUGAUUAUGCACUCGUCGUAUGUGCAGAUUGUCGUUUACGUUUAUACGAGUUUACGACGAUGUUUGUUGCAGCAAAUUGUACAUCGAGUAAGUCAGUUUCAUCAACUGCAAAAAAAGGUGAUGAUUUGUAGAGGUGCUUCUGUUUUGCAGAAAUAUUGAACAUUCAUUGGAAAAAUGAAGAAAAAAAUCAACUUUUUAACGAAUAAAAAGAAGCGUUCCAGCGAAAGCAAAA